AUGAGGAAAGUUCGUAUUGUUCUUGAUGAUGUGGAUGGAAAAUCUCAAUUAAAUGCAUUAGUUGGGAAGCGUGAUUGGUUUGGUUUGGGAAGUAGAAUUAUAAUCACAACAAGAAAUGAGCAUAUCUUAGUUCAUCAUGAAGUGGAUGGGAUAUAUGAGCCCUGUGAAAUGGAUCCAAAUCAUUCUCUUCAACUAUUUUCCAGGUUCAUCUUUAUUUGGCAUGGAAAAAUCAAAUGGCAAUAUACACUGGAGAUGUUGCAAAAACAUUUUCUUCAUGCUGAAGUUUUGGAAAAAUUGAAAAUAAGUUUUGAUGAGUUAAUGUAUUUGGACAAGCAAAUAUUUCUUGAUAUCGCAUGCUUUUUCAAUGGAAUAGAUAAAAAUAUUGCAUGUUUGACAUGGCAACAGCGCGGGUUUUACCCUGAAGAAGGAAUUAAGGUUCUCUGCCAAAAGUCUUUACUGAAGAUUGGUGAAAAUAAUGAACUAAAGAUGCAUGAUCUGCUUGGAGAUCUUGGAAAGGAAAUCAUUCGGGAAGAAAACCUUAAGGUGCCCGGAAGGCGUAGUAGGUUGUGGUCUCACGAGGAAGCCUUGGAUGUAUUGGAGAAAGAUAUGGGAAUGGAAGAAGUUGAAGGGCUUUGCAUUGACUUUGGAGGUAGUUCAAGUAACCAUCGCUAUUUGAAGAGUGAAGGAUUUACUAAAAUGACUGAGCUUAAGUUACUCCAAAUUGAUUAUGCACACUUUGCUCCAGACUUCAUGCCUUCUUUUUUAGAACUGAUAUUGCUUAGUUGGAAAGGAUGCCCUCUGGAAUUUACGCAAACCAAAUUUCAUCCAAUGAACCUGGUUGUUCUUGAUUUGUCAUAUAGUCUUGUUACAAAUUACUGGAUGGGUUGGAAGCAUAUUAAGGUGGCAAAGAAUCUAAAAGUUCUGAAUCUGACAGGGUGUCAACACCUAGUAAAGACUCCUAAACUAGAAAAUUGUCGCUUGGAAGUCUUGAUUCUUGAAAACUGUGAAAAUUUGGCUGAAACAGACGAAUCUAUCUGUGAUCUUGAGAGCCUAGUCAUAUUGAAUAUGAAGGGAUGCACGGAACUAAGGAAUCUCCCGUAUGGCAUCGGGAGGUUGAGUUCUAUCAAAGACUUCAACUUAUAUCUAUGCAAAGGACUUGAAAAGUUACCUGAUUCCACCAUGUCUUGA